AGAAAGCAGAGGCUUCAUAUUUCUUACUCUCAUCUAUCCAGAUACUUGAUAUCCGGUUAUAAAAACAACUAUCUUGGUUCUAUAGAGGUCUCAAAUCUAAAUAAAAAAUCAUUUAAGCGAAUAAUACAGCGAGGCCUUAAAUCUUCUCCACCGCGAAUCCUAUCACUAGAUUGAUUUUCGAUCUCAUCUUCAUCCAAUAUGUCGGAUCACGAGUACGGCGGCAAUGAUGAUCUAUCCCUCCCUAAAGCAACCGUCCAGAAGAUCGUCAGUGAGAUUCUCCCGUCAUCAAGCGGCGUCUCCUUCUCCAAGGAGGCCCGCGAUCUACUCAUAGAAUGCUGCGUGGAAUUCAUCACUCUCGUGUCUUCCGAGGCGAACGAGAUCUCGGAGAAGGAGGCAAAGAAGACCAUUGCCUGCGACCACAUUACUAAGGCUCUGGAGACUCUGGGAUUCAGCGACUACAUCCCUGCCGUCCUCGAGGCUGCUGCACAACACAAAGAGACUCAGAAGGUCCGAGAGAAGCGCGGCAACAAGUUCGAGGAGAGUGGGAUGACGCUGGAGGAGCUGGAGGAGCUACAGAGACAGCAGUUCGAAGCAGCCCGCGAGAGACACGCCUAAGCCUCUUGGGAAGGCUAUGUCAUUUCUCGCUGCGAGUUUCGGAGUUCUAUGGGGUCAGACCGUUUGUCUGCUCGGAUGGUAAAUCGGUAGCCGCACCCGCGGUGAUGGGGAUGAUGCAUUUGAUGGCGUUGGUUUGAGGAAAUGCGGAAUGGUAAUGGCGUCGGACUCGGUU